UCCGUUGCAACGGCUACCGUCUUCUUCCUCCUCUUCGUCUUCCUCGCAGUUAUCGCCAGAGAGGGGGCAAAUGGCCAUUGGAACCUCAGCCCACCUUCUUUGGUUUCUUCUCCUUCUUCCUACCCUACAAAUCUCUCUCCUCUCCUUCAAACAAUCCUUACCAUUGACGAAGCUCAAGCAUUGCUCAGCUUCUCGUCAGUUCCAUCCAAUGGCUUCUCUAUCACUCCACUGCCCGAAGACGACUCUGCAGGCUCAGUCCCACAGCAAUACGGGGCAGCCCCACUGCCCGCUUCAGCUCCCGUGUUCGAAUUUAAGGCCGAAAGUUUUCCAGCAUCCAAGUCGGGGUCCAGCUCAUGUUUUCCGAUUGAGUGCGUCUUUCAAUGAGGUGGCAGUCGCAAAGUUACUGAAACUUGGAGUUGAAGCCAAGGAAGAUGCAUCGCCUAAGGAGAAGAAUGCGAUGGCCAUUCCUGAUGCAUCGGCAAUUUCAGCAUUCAUGACCCAAGUGGCCGAUCUCAUCGAGCUAGUUGAUUCGAGGGACAUAGUUGAGCUGCAACUGAAGCAGUCUGAGUGUGCAAUCACCAUUAGGAAGAAGGAAGCACUGCAGAAACCCCAACCGGCUGCUCCUGUGACCAUGAUGCAGCCUCCGCUGCCACCUCCACCGCAGCCUGUACUUCCUUCUUCACAACCACCUCCACCACCGGCCGCUUCCUCUGCUCUCGCUCCUUCAACUCCAAGCGCGGGCCCACCGGUUUCUCCACCCAAACCCAGCACAUCAUCCCACGCACCCUUUAAGUGCCCCAUGGCUGGGACCUUUUACCGCUCCCCUUCACCUGGGGCGCCUCCUUUCGUAAAGGUCGGAGACAAGGUUCAAAAAGGCCAAGUCCUAUGCAUCAUUGAAGCCAUGAAACUGAUGAAUGACAUCGAAGCUGACCAGUCCGGAACUGUGGCUGAGAUACUCGUCGAAGAUGGGAAACCUGUUAGCGUGGACGCGCCUUUGUUCAUCAUUGUGCCAUGACAAUCUCUUCCCCAAUUCAUUUUCGAAACAUUGGAAGUUCUUUUGGCACGAACGAAAUCUUCAUCAGUUUAGGCCAGAAAGUUUGCUGCAGACAUCCUAAAUUCUUCUUUUUCAUGGCAUGAGAAGGAAAGAAAUGUCUCAAACUGAAGAAUUAAAUGUUUUCUGUUUCAUGUUUGUAUCAUAAUACUGCAUCAAACAUAUGUCUACGUAAGUCAGGGUAUGAAACUAUAACAUCUCAGCAGAUAUCAUAAGUCGAAA